AUGGCUUCUAUCCCCACUACUACCGUUGCUGGCAAGACCGUCGGCCGUGUCGGCUUCGGACUCAUGCAGCUCACAUGGAACCCUAAACCCCCUUCCCAGGAAGUGUCUUUCGCCGCCAUGAAGGCCGCUGUCGACGGCGGAUCCAACCUCUGGUCCUCUGCGUCGUUCUACGGUAACCCCGGCGACAACUUUGCCAACAUCAAGCUCAUCGCCGCCUUCUUUGCCAAGUACCCGGAAUACAAGGACAAGAUCGUUCUCGUGGUGAAGGGCGGUGUCAACUAUACAAACCUCCAUCCCAUUGCCGACAUCGACUACUGGCGAAACGAGAUCAAGCAGAUGCAAGAGAUCCUCGGAGACAAAAAGCUCGACGUUUUCUCCCUCGCUCGCCUUCCCGACGCCCCAGUUGAAGAAGUGUUUACCAACCUCAAGACGCUGAAGGACGAGGGCUUGUUCGAUGGCAUCACCCCCCUCGCCAUCAACGAAAUCGAAAUCUCCCUCUUCUCCUACGACACCCCCAUCCGCGACGCCAUUGCUUGGCACACCAAGAACAAGAUCCCCGUAUUCGCCUACUCUCCCCUCGGCCGCGGCUUCAUCACCCGUACCUACAAGUCCCCCGAAGAUAUCCCCGAAGGCGACUUCAAGCGCAUGCUGCCCCGUUUCCAGGGCAAAGCGUUUUAUGAAAACUUGAAGCUUGUUGACAAGCUGGAUGAGAUUGCGGGGCGGAAGGGGGUGAGUGGGAGUCAGGUUGCGUUGGCUUGGAUUGUGGGAUUGUCUGAAUACACGAUCCCCAUCCCCGGCUCCUCCAACCCCACCCGUAUCGCCCAAAACAUCCAAUCCGCCUCCAUUUCUCUCUCCUCCGCCGAAACCAAAGAGAUCAACGACUUCCUCGACGCUUUUGAAGUGCAGGGUACGAGGUAUCCCGGUGCGGCCAUGGGUCAACUUAUGAAGUAA